AUGAAUCCCGAGAGAAAGAACAUUCACAAUUACAAAUUUGUGGAACCUCAUUUGGUUGCCUUGAGAGGACUAGGGGCACGUCUAGAUCUUGGACACAAAGACGAUUUCAAGACGUCCUAUGGCAACCUUUUGGGAAUCCUGAACACCGAAGUCAAUACCACUGUUGUGCACACUCUGGUGCAAUUCUAUGAUCCUUCGCUGAGAUGCUUUACAUUCCAAUAUUACCAGUUGGCACCCACAUUCGAAGAGUAUUCACACAUUCUGGGUAUUAGGAUCAAGAACCAGGUGCCUUAUGUUCGCACUAAGGAACUUCCCAAAUAUCAAGACCUUGCUGAAGCUCUCCACAUAGGGAAGAAGGAAGUGGAACUGAACUUGAAACCUAAAGGUGGAAUUCAUGGCUUCACCUCAAAGUUUCUAGUGGACAAAGUUAUUACCUUCUCCGAAGCUGGAAGUUGGACGAAUUUCAACGCCAAUCUAGCUCUACUAAUCUAUGGGAUCGUACUACUUUCGAACAUGGAAGAAUUCGUAGAUAUGGCUACUAUUCACAUCUUCCUAACUCAUAAUCCUAUUACCACUCUUCUUGAUGAUACUUACUACUCCAUCCACGUGAGGACCCAGAAGAAGAAAGGAACCAUCGUCUUCUAUAAUCCUUUGUUGUAUAAAUGGUUUAUUUUGCAUAUACCUAGCAAAGGCCCUUUUGUUGAAAAUAAAGACAACUUGAAGUGGUCCCAGCAGAUCAUGUCCUUGAACGCCGAAGACAUCUCUUGGUAUUCUCGAAUCUACAACAACGUCAAGCUCAUCCUCAACUGUGGUGAUUUUCCUAACGUACCUCUUCUUGGUACGAAAAUGGGAAUCAAUUACAAUCCGAGGUUGGCAUUACGACAGUUGGGAUACCCCAUGGUAGACAAGCCUGAUCUCAAGGGUGUGGAAGGUUUCAUCUUGUAUGAAGGGAUUGAAGAUCCAGAUUUAGUCAAGAAGAUCGUCAAGGCUUGGGGAGCAAUAAGUACUCAAGGGAGAGCAGAAAUAGGUAAGAAGAAUUGCAUAUCCAAAGAAGCUUACGCCAAAUGGGUAAAAGACAAAGUUGGGGAGAUUUUGCUGCCAUUUUCGCCUGAACCAUCCAUGAGCGUCAAGCCUCUUGAGCCAAUAAUCCAUCAAACUUCUAAAGUCGAUAAAUUGAAAAGAGUUAUCAAAUCCCUAGUGAGAGAGAAUGUUGAUCUCAAAUAUAGACUUGGUAAGAUCUUCUUGGAGAAAGAAACUUUGAAGUUCAAUUUGAAUCAGAAAAGAGAUAGGGUGCGUCAAGUAGAUGAUGAGGUGCAAACAGAGGUAUUCAAAAGAAUCAAAGUGGGUGACACACUCAAGGGAACUUAUUCCAGUUUGACAGCCAAAAAGAAACAGGUAGCCGAGACUCAAUACCAGGCUUGCAAAGCAGAGCUUAAUUACAAAGAACAGGCCAAGAAGCUCUGA